AGUUCAUCAUACACCUAAUACAGCACACACCAACAACAUCAGUCACAAUGGAUUUCGUCAAGAAGGCAGCCAGCAGCAUGGGUGGCAGCAGCGAGAACAAGGACAACAAGUCCGAGAACAAGGGCCAGCAGAAGGACGACUAUGGUGACAAGGCCUUCUCUGCCGUCAACGACAAGGCCGGCUGGGGCAUCAGCAAGGAGAACCAGGAGAAGAUCACUGACGGUGCCCGUGAGGGGUACGAGAAGUACUCUGGUUCCCAGGUUCCCGACAAGUACUCCAACUAGGAAUCUAGAAGCAUGAGUUAAUGAGUACCUUAACUGUCAAAGCUUUAAGCAACCAAUUGAUCCCAAGUUCUUAUGAUGCGUGGUGUAUCCAAUCAUUAGGCUUAACCAGUAUUCCCCCGU